AUGACUCAAAUACAAUUAUCUUCAAUUAUAACAAAUUAUAUUUUCGAAACGACCCCCGAUCGACUAAAUUCAUUAGAUGAUCGAUCAAUUUAUGAUAGAAUUACGCAAAGACCCUUCUCACGAUCUCGUCGACUCCGAGCGAUUGACAUUUUAUUUUAUAACAUUCAAUAUAUUAUAAUAAAUUCCAAUUUGUCUAUCGUUCACAAUUAUGACCAACCAACAAUCAAUUCUUCUUUAAGGCACGCAGCUGGAAAUAUUUGGAGAAGAUUAUCUCCCCAAGAGAGGAAUCGAUAUAAUCAAAACACAAUAAGAUACCGACCAUAUGUAGUGAACAACCGAAAUAGAAAUAGUUCUGCAAUCGGUCUACAAUCAAAUUCCGGCUUGAAUUUGGACGAUAAUAAUAACAAUGAUAACAAUAUAUUACACGAAAUAAUUGAUGGCAUUAAUUUUUUCGGAUAA